AAAACGAAUGAAAUUAAAGAACGAGAAAAGAUUAAAGAUGAAUCGGGAAGAGAGGAGAAGGGAGGUAGAGAAAAGAUCGACGGUAUGAAGAUCUUCAACUGCGAUCUCUCCCCGGAUGAAGACGAUCUUUUUAGUGAUUGUCGAUCACAACAUUCUGGGUCUCAGGUUGGAUUAGGCUCCGUAUUAGAACCUGAACCUGGAGUAGAGCCAAGUUCAACCAAAUCCUGUCAACACAUUCAAUCUAACUAUCCAACCUCGUCCAGCCCAACCGGUCUCACUAGUUGGACCAUAGGAGCUGAUAGCACAAUUUCAAUCAGAACGGAUGGACAGAAUUUAGAAGAGUUUAUAUCUGUGAUAGUCUCAGAUCCUCACAAGGUUGGGGAUGGUAUAUCCAGCUAUAUGGUGUAUAGAGUAGCAAUCAGGACGAAUUUGAAAUGUUUCCGCCGAGGGUCCUGGAGUGUGGUGAGACGCUAUAGUGAUUUCCUGGGACUACAUGAUAAAUUGGUUGGAAAAUAUCAGGCCCGGGGUAGAAUAGUUCCCCCAGCACCAGAGAAAAGUAUUAUAGGAGCUACGAAGGUAAAGAUGGGUUCAGUGGAUGGACAAACUCCUGGCCAGGAUAGUUUACAGAGUAAGGCCACCUUCAUAUCUCUAAGAAGAAGUGGAUUGGAGAGAUUUAUAAACAGGGUUGGGAUGCAUCCCGUUCUUAGACUAGACUCAGAUUUUGCGGAUUUUCUUGAAUCUGGAUCUGAUCUGCCCCGAGCUUCAUCAACUUCUGCUCUAUCCUCUGCUUCUGUGUUGAAGAUGGUGAGUAGGAUGGGGGAGACGGUGAACAAGAUCACGUACAAGAUGGAGGAAUCAGAUCCAUGGUUUCAGGAGAAAACUAGCCAUAUUGAACAGAUUGAGAAACAGCUGCGCAAACUUCAGGGUAUUGUGGAGAGUGUUGUUGCUUGUCGAAGAGAACUGGCUGUUUCAACGGGAAAUCUAUCUGUUUCCCUCCUAAAUCUUGCAUCAUCAGAGGAAUCCAUCCAACUAACUAGAAGUAUUGAAGGGCUAGCCAGGGUCCAGGAAGGUGUAGAGCAGACCCUUGAAGAGCAAGCUGAUGCUGAUUGUGCUAAUCUACUGGAGCUGGUUAGAGAUUAUCUAGCACUGGUCUGCACUGUCAAGGAUGUACUGGGUGAAAGAGUAAAAGCAUUCUACGCCUGGCAGACUGCUGUAAACAACCUACACAAGAAGAGAGAGCUGCGAACCAGAAUGGAGUUAGGAGGACGGAUAGAGAGGUUGGGACCUCUAUUAGAGGACGUAACUGAGUGUGAGGCUAGAGUUGAAGAAUCCCAGGACAAUUUUAACAAAAUCUCCCAAGUUAUCAAGGUAGAGAUUGACCUGUUCCAGCACUAUCGCGUGUUUGACUUGAAAGCCCUGGUGCUCCGCUACCUGGAGGAGUUGACCCGCACACAGCUGGCCAUACUCAACCAUUGGGAACAGUCCCUUCCUUACCUUACCAGGGAUUCAGCAACAUCUGCUUAGUCAAUUUAAAUCUAUUUAUUGAUCUCAGGAUCUGUACAUUGAGAACCAGAAAACAGUCUUUUUUAAAUAAAAAAAUGCCGGAUUUUUCAAUUUAACUUAUUUAUUUCUAGAAUUUGGCCUAGGUAUAAAUAUAUCAGAAAUAUGAAUCCCAAAUUCCAAAAGAUAUGUUAUUGUUAAAAUUCUAAAAACAAAGAUGACAAUAGUUCCUUGUAUUCUGGUUCUCCCUGUAUAUAUUUACACAUGUAUCCCAGUCAGCUUUCGGUGGAAAAUAAACAAAACUGUCCAUUUU